AUGACGGCCAUGUUUUCCAAACUUUGCAUUGGAGGUGUCCAUACUGAAGUCACCUACACUCCUACCUACCUAAGAAUAACCUCCACAACCAUCACCAUGUGUGGCAGCUACUGCGGAAACUACUAUGGUGGCCGUGGCUAUGGGUGCUGCGGCUACGGAGGCCUGGGCUGUGGCUACGGAGGCCUGGGCUGUAGCUAUGGCUCCUGCUGUGGCCGUGGCUUCCGCAGACUGGGCUGUGGCUAUGGCUCCUGCUGUGGCCGUGGCUUCCGCAGACUGGGCUGUGGCUAUGGCUGUGGUUAUGGCUAUGAUUCCCGCUCCCUCUGUGGCUGUGGUUAUGGAUGUGGCUUUGGCUGCGGCUCUGGCUUUGGCUAUUACUAUUGA